AGUCUGAGCCAUGAACAGCCCUGUCCCAGUGCCCUACUGCCUGUCCCUGUCUGGACUCAGGAGAGAGAUGGGUGGGCAUGUUCACCAGCCUGUGGGCUACUACCUUCCCUCCCAGUGCUGCCCAUCCCCGCACCCACCACCCUCCCCGGUGCAGGCUGCAGCACAACUGGAGAACAAGGAAUUGUGGGAGAAAUUUAACUCGGUGGGAACUGAAAUGAUUCUGACUAAGAGUGGAAGGAGGAUGUUCCCAGAGUUUUCCGUCUCCCUGUCGGGACUGGAUGCCAAUCUUCUCUACACUCUGUGUGUCCAGGCCGUGCCAGGGGGAGAUGCCCGUUACCGAUGGAGAGACGGUGCCUGGAGUAAGAGUGACAGAGCCGAGCCCGGCCCCCCAACUCACCUCUAUGUGCACCCAGAAUCCCCUGCUUCAGGCAACAGGUGGAUGGAACGACCCAUCUGCUUCAGUAAGAUCAGGCUGACCAACAACACCCUGAGCCAGGGCGGGCAGAUUGUUCUCCAGUCAAUGCAUCGCUACUCUCUCCGCUUGUACGUCAUUCCCACUUCAAACCAGGGAGUCCAUUCAGCAGCCAGUGUAUCCUUCACUUUCCCAGAGACGUCCUUUAUAGCAGUCACCAGCUACCAGAACCCUAAGUUGUCUUUGCUGAAGAUUGAAGAAAAUCCAUUUGCCAAGGGAAUCAAAUUCUUCAAAAGUCAGCAGGAGAGCCACUCUCCACAGAAGAGACUUGGUAGGUUGGAACCAGAGGAGGAAAGCAGCCCAGGCUGUAAAAGAAGUAGAGAGAGCAGGGAGGAAGAGAACGUCGGCUCAGAGGAGAGUGCACAAGAGACACAGAGAGUCUCAGAAGAGAGUGCAGAGAGGGAAGAGAAGUACCAGAGUUUCAUGGCUGAGAGGACAAAGAUGGAGGAGGCAGGAGAGAACAGGAAUGAUGGGAGACUCAGUAGACAUUUCAUGGGGAGGAUAGGACAGAAUGUCAAGGAACAGGAAGGGAGACCCCAUAUCAAUAUGUCCGUCCCACCCAUUACUGAGCAUUAUGACUCCAUAGCCCAAAGACUGGCCUGGUUGUCUCCUCCAGCUGUACCCCAAGGGCCAAUGGGCCCCUACUCUCCAGCAGCAAGUGUGACGGGCUACAGGUUUGCCAUUCAGUACCAUGCGAAUAUCCCUCCCUUCCAUUCUAUGGCCUCCGGGGCCCUCCUGCACUCUCUGGGGCCCAACUUCCCCCCAAACCACUGGACUUCUGGCCAAUUAAACCAAUGUGUCUCUGGGCCACACCCUCAGCUUUUCCAGCACAUUCUGCCCCCUCCCUCCCUAUUCUUGCCCCCACAGCCCCCCUGCCUUGGCAUCUGAACAUCACAGGGGGCAUAUUGAAAUGACCCACAAUGCACCAGGACAGAGCAACAUGGCCCACAAUGCAAUGGGAGCAGAUACAGGGCCUCCACUACAGCAGGACAUAUUGCUACGACCCACAAUGCAACAGGAUGAAGGGACAAGGCCCAUAAUGCAACUGGACAUAAACGCCUGACCCAGAAUGCAUCUGGAGAGAGGGACUAGGGCCACAAUGAACUACGGCCAAAUAACAGACGUGGCCCCUAAUGCCCCAGGUGAGUCUCCUACCCACAAUGCCCCGGGACCAGGACAUCCCAGCGAUGGGAAUUAAUCACAUUGUGAUGCUCCCGAGGAAUCUGGGGGUGAUGAGGAGGGGGGAACGUGUUAGUGAUGUACAGAGCUGUAACUCUUAUUCUUUUAUUUAUGAACAUUAAACUAAUUGGUUUGAACAAAA